GCUUUUUUUGAUUGGCUGAAGGAAUUAAGACUCCGUCAUGGGCCGGGAGAGAUACACUGUGUGAUUGGCUGGACAAAGACAACCUCAGCGAUUGGCUGAUGAGCUCUCACCGGUACAGUGAAUCUUUCUCUGAUUGGUUUCGGCCUCGAUACCCUCUCUGAUUGGCGGAGUGGGGGUUGCCGGGGCGACGUGUCCCGAGUAUUCGGGGGAGCCGGCACCGCUGCAACGAUGGGGCCGGGGGGCGGCCUGAAGCAGCCCCAGUGCCAUGAAGCCAGGAUCUGCAUGUGCGGGCUGUUGAGCCCGUGCUGGGGCUUCAAAUGAUGCUCGUUCAUGGCAUUGGGGUCCCUCUCCCUGGUGCAGGAAGUACCUGGAUGUUCACUCCAUGCAUCUCAUCGACAAGGCGCAGACCACAGACGAGCUGAAGAGGUCCUCCCGUGGGCCCCGCACCCUGGAGGGGGCCCCUGGGUGAGGAGAUACCUCACCCCUGCCGUCAGUGGUCCCCUCUCCACAGGGUGCUGGCAGAGCUGUUCGAGCUGCAGGGCUGGGAAUCGGACCCACGGGCCGCCAUAUUGCUGGAUCUCUACUUCUACACAGUGCAGUUCAGCCGGGAGCACAACUUCACCCGAGAGCAAAGCUCCACCUUCUUCGCUAUCGUCAAAGACACCCACGAGGCCUGUGUGGCGGCCUCCAUUCAGCAUCGACCUCUUCAGUCAGGAGCAGCUGGCACUCAUGAGCGACUACGUGGUGAACACCUACUUCCGCCACUUCAAGCUGUACAAAUACGCCUUCACACCCCAGGUCCGGCUGGACAUAUCGCUGUCCUACGUGGGAAUGCCGGAGCCGGAGCUGGAGCCUGCGGCCGAGCUGGCAGGAGAACUGGCUGAGAGUGUGAUGGUGCCUGUGCCCCCAGCGCAAGAGGAAGAAGCCGACAGUGGAACCACAGCCCCUAGGGAGAGCCCGAGGGCCCUACUACAGGAAUACAUCUCGGCUCAACUCUGCCAGGAGCUUGCCCAGCUGCGGCUGGAGGUGGAGGAGCAGCUACGGGCGAGCGAGGAGCAGUUCAACACCAAGCUGGCCCUGCUGGAGAAGGUGUCCAGCUCCCCCAAGGGGGGCGGCCGGGGCCACCGGAAGUGAGGGGAGAGAAGAGGGCAAUAAAGGACUGCGAUU